GAAGAAAUCGGAUAUGCCCUUCUAGAAGCAAUUGAGAAAUCCACCAUUUCGGUGAUCAUUUUCUCACAAAACUAUGCUUCUUCCACAUGGUGUUUGGAUGAGCUUGUGCAUAUACUAAAAUGCAACAACAAAGAAGGCCGGAUGGUUAUACCCGUAUUCUACGACAUCGAUCCAUCUGAUGUACGAAAACAGCACGGGAGUUAUGCAGAUGCAUUUGAUGAACUUGAAAAACGAUUCGCUAACAGUAUCGACAAGGUGCACAAGUGGAGGGAUGCUUUGACGACUGCAGCCAAUCUAUCUGGGUUUGAUCAUUCAAACAAAUCCGGGACGGAGGCAGAUCUAAUUCAGAAAGUUGUCGAUCAUAUUUGGACCCAAUUGUGUGGCGAAUCAUCCUGCGAUUUAAAGGGCUUUGUUGGAAUUGAAAGACGCAUCGAGCAGAUCGAAUUGCUGUUAGGCAUUCAUUCACCGGACGCUUGCAUCACUGUAGGUAUUUGGGGCAUGGGUGGUAUUGGGAAAACCACCCUUGCCGAGGCUGUAUUUCGCAUACACUCUUCUAAAUUCGAAGCUUCUUGUUUUCUUAAGAAUGUUAGGGAGAACUCAGAACAAGCAGGUGGACUAGAUCACUUGGAAAAAACACUUCUUAAGGAGCUAUUAAAGGAAGAAGUUCUGCCCGUAGGAUCAACUUUGGUUCGAGAAAGGCUCGGUCGUACAAAGGUCCUCAUUGUUCUAGAUGACGUGAGUGAUUCAUUGCAAAUUGAACGUUUAGCUGGCGAUCGUAUUCGGUAUGGCACUGGAAGUAGAAUCAUUAUCACAAGUAGAGAUAGGGGCACACUUGGGCAAACUGUUGAAAAGGAUAAUAUCUAUGAGGUUGAGCUAUUAAAACCGGAUGACGCUCUUCAGCUCUUCUGUUCGCAUGCUUUCAAGAAUAACAGUACUCGUAGAACAGAUUAUAAAGAGUUGGCAGAAAAGGCCGUGCAUUAUGCCAGAGGCGUUCCUUUGGCUCUUAAAGUUCUGGGGUCCUUGUUCUUCAAUUGCAAGAGCAAAGAAGACUGGGAAGAUGAAUUCACAAACAAACGAUUUCCUAGUGAAAGUAUCCAGAAAGUGUUGAGAAUAAGUUAUGAUAGAUUGGAAAAAAAUGAGAAGGAGAUAUUUCUAGAUGUAGCAUGUUUUCAUAAAGGGAAGGAUGUGGAUAUGGUAAAACGAAUGUUAGAUGUUCGUGGAUUCUUUGGGACAACCGGAAUUAGAAUUCUCAUUGAUAUGUCUCUCAUAUCAAUUGUUUCAAAAUGGGGAAGGGAAGGCAUAAUAGAGAUGCACGAUUUGCUACAAGAAAUGGGAAGGACAAUUGUUCAAGAACAAUGUAUUAAAGAUCCUGGUGAACGGAAUAGGUUGUUCGCUGACGAGGAUGUCUAUCGCAUACUAAAGAGUAACACGGAAACUCCAAAUGUUGAAGCCAUAAAGGUUUGUUGGUUUGAACCAUUGAAACGUGCAGACUUCAAAAAGAUGUCUAACCUAAAAAUGCUAAGCUCGGUUGGCCGAUUGACCGCUUCUCUAGACCUUCCCGAUUCUCUUUGUUAUCUUGAGUGGCCUUUUUAUCCACUGGAAUCUUUGCCGUCAACUUUUUCUCCGGAAAAUCUAGUUGAGCUUCGUAUGCGAGGUAGCAAAGUUAAAAGGCUUUGGAAAGAAGACGAGAUACUUGCCAACUUACAAGUUAUUGAUUUGCAUGAGUGUGAGUAUUUAACUGAAGUUCCAAAUCUCUCUAGGAGUCCAAAGAUUGUGCACAUAAAUCUUCGUUGCUGUUACAGUUUGGUUGAAAUUCCUUCGUAUUUUCAACAUCUUGACAAGCUUACUCGUCUUGAACUCGGAUUCUGCACCAGUCUCAAGUAUCUUCCAAAGAUGCCAGGAAAUCUUACAUACUUAUGUUUACAAGCCAGUGGUAUAAAGGAGUUGCCAGAAUCAGUUUGGUCUAACGAAAAUAUUUCUUACUUGAAUAUAAGGCAUUGCAGUUACCUUAAGAAACUUCCAAGUAGCACGUGUAAGUUGAAAAAUCUCGAUCUCCAUAGGUGCUCUAAAUUUGAAAACUUUCCAGAGAUUUUGGAGCCAAUAGAACAUUUGAAGUCCUUAAGUUUAAUUCAUACAGCAGUUACAGAGCUACCCUCAUCAAUCUGUAAGUUGAAAUAUCUUGAGAGUCUUGAUCUCACCGAGUGCUCUAGAUUUUCCAAAUUCCUUGAAAUCUUGGAGCCAAUGGAACAUUUGAAGUCCUUAAGUUUAAUUCGAACUGCAGUUACAGAGCUACCCUCAUCAAUCUGUAACUUGAAAUAUCUUGAUAGUCUUGAUCUCACCGAGUGCUCUAGAUUUUCCAAAUUCCCUGAAAUCUUGAAGCCAAUGGAACAUUUGAAGUCCUUAAGUUUAAUUCAAACAGCAGUUACAAAGCUACCCUCAUCAAUCUGUAACUUGAAAUAUCUUGAGAGUCUUGAUCUCACCAAGUGCUCUAGAUUUUCCAAAUUCCCUGAAAUCUUGGAGCCAAUGGAACAUUUGAAGUCCUUAAGAUUAAUUCAAACAGUAGUUACAGAGCUACCCUCAUCAAUCUGUAACUUGAAAUAUCUUGAGAGUCUUGAUCUCAAAGGUUGCUCUAGAUUUUCCAAAUUCCCUGAAAUCUUGGAGCCAAUGGAACAUUUGGUGUCUCUUUGUUUGGAAGGCACAGUUGUCGAAAUGCUUCCUUCGUCAAUUGGAAAUCUAAAUAGGCUUCAAGAUUUAAACCUUGGUUGGUGCAAGCAACUUAAGGAUGUCCCAACAAGUAUCUACAGUUUAACCAAUCUUAAACGUCUCUCCUUUCAUGGGUGUUGGAGACUUGAAAAUUUGCCUUCCAGCUCCGUUGGUUUUCUCUCUUUAGAAGAACUAGAUCUCAGCUUCAGCGGUAUAUUGGAAAUACCAGCAAGCAUCAAACAAGCUUCUCGGUUGUCUAUACUCAAAUUAUGCUGGUGCAAGCAGCUUCAAUCUAUACCAAAGCUCCCAGUGCUAUGUAAUGUUAAUGCUGAAGGCUGCACGUCGCUGAAGACAGUGUCAAGUUCAAGGACAACACUCACACAAGGUUGGGAUAAACCUAAUUAUUGUUUCAGAGUCUUUACUAAUUGCCCAAAAUUGGAUAAUAAUUCAAGGAGCAACAUAAUGGAUGAAGCACAGAUUGCAAUUAUGCGAAUGGCAACUGUUGCGCCAUUAAAGUACAAUUCCUGGCUUCAUAAUCCCUGGCCUCAGAUUAACAUUGCAUGUCCAGGAAAAGAAAUUCCAAAUUGGUUCGCUCUCUCUGUUGUUCUUUCUUGUGUUUCAAAUGUGAGGUAUAAACCCUGGAGGGUAAAAGCUAAUUUCAUUGUCAAAUUCAUGGGUGAAAGCCAUGAACUGUUCAGUUCUAAGUACAUUAUCCAAGGCUCCUAUGACGGCCAACAUCACGUGCAUGUGUGGAAUGAGGCCUUUAGAAGUGAAGAGGUAGGAAAAAAUUGCUCCCCUGAUGUUUACAAACUUGCCAAAGAGGCCUCUGUUGUCUUCUGCCCGUAUUUUGAAGAUUUUAAAAAUCCUGAAGAUUCGGAAGAUUUUGAAGAUUCUGAAGGACAACCUGCUUCUGCUUCCGAUAUGAAGGUGGAAAGAUGUGGUAUAUGCCCAUUGUAUGCCGAAGAUGCUGAGAAAUUCAAAUUUGGUCAAGUGUUCAUGUCGAGGGGACCAAAAGUAGAAGAAGAAACAAGACAAGAUGAUGAUUCCAAAGGUGGUGGAUCAGGAGAUGAGCCUCAAGUUAGUGGAUCAAGUCAUGAGUAUGAAGCAAAUGAAAGUAAUUAGGAAAAACUUUUUAAGGCAAAUUUGUAAUUUGAUAGCCCACUUGUCUGACCAAGAAAUAAGACAACAAAUAGGCAAGGCUUUUAUUAUUUUGGUAUUGUUUAUGCUUUAUACAUUAUAAAGCGCUAGUUAUGGACAAGUGUAUAAUAGCCUAUUUGUUUUCUUUAAAACUUGGUUUACCUUUAUAUCAUAAA